UCCCAUUGACUCAUACACAUCAAAGCCUGAGCUGAGGAGACAGCGCUGCAUUUAGGACGGGACGCGGCCGAGAGCGGAGAUCAGAUCACAAAGUUUGGAUGAAGGUUAUCAACAUGUAACUACAUCACCUCUUCCUAUUCAAACUUUGCCAGAUGUGGACUGCGAUUUUAAAGCGAUGAAUAUAAAAAUGGAAAAUGAACUUUUUUAUCAAGUUUUGGAGUAAUAUUGUACAUUUAUGUACAUUUAAACAUAGUCUGGGAUUAAACAGCUCUAAGCCUUUAUAACAUUCCAAACCUUUCCUACAUUCACGUAAUGGACCUCUCCAGUUCGUUGCCUCCACCUUCUCCAUUCACCCUCCCUAUUAUUCCUAAUUCCUCCUUGCCUUCCUCCUCUCCCACCAUCUCUCCCUCUCUCAGCCUCGCAUCCAGAGCCCUGUUCUGUGCUCUCCUCUCCCUCCUCGCCUUGCUUGGCAUCACAGGAAACCUUUACACGCUGGUUCUCCUCCUGAGACGGAGGAGAAGUAGGAGGAGGCGCAGAUCUGGGCUGACCUGCUGCCUGAUGAGAGUCCCUGUCCUCUCCUGCAUGGCCAACUCCUCCUCCCCAUCCUCCUCCCCCAUCUCCUCCUCCCCCUCCACCUCCUGUCUUCACCUCCAGGUGCUGAGCCUGGCCCUUGCUGACCUGCUCUACCUUUUCACCGCUCCCUUCAUCGUGUACGACAGCCUGACGUCCGGUUGGACCUUUGGGGAGCUCGGGUGCCGUCUCCUCCUGAGCUUGGACCUCCUCACCAUGCACGCCUCCAUCUUCACGCUCACCGCCAUGAGCCUGGACCGCUUCAGGGCCGUGGCGCACCCGCUGCACACCUCCUCCUCCAACUCUUCGGGCCUGCUCCGGAUCGGCCUGGCCUGGGGGCUGGCCGUGGCUCUGAGUCUGCCCAUGAUGAUCACCCUGCACCUGGAGGCGUAUGAGGGCCAGGAGGGCCAGCUGUGUGUGCCAGCACUGGACGAGCAGAGCUCCAAGACCUACAUGAGCGUGUUGUUCUGCACCAGCAUCCUCGGCCCUGGGGUGGCCAUCGGAGCGCUAUACGCUACUCUAGGGCGGCUUUACUGGGUGUCUCAGACGCGGCCUGCCUGGGCCAGCGGGGGCAGCACUGCUUGUCCUCCCCGCCCUCCCAAACCCAAAGUCCUGCUCCUCAUCCUGGGUAUCGUCCUUGCCUUUUGGGCCUGUUUUCUGCCUUUCUGGAUCUGGCAGCUGCUGCCUCUGUACCAGCCCGAGAUGGUGCGGACCAUACCCGUGGGGACUCAGGUCACGGUGAACCGCAUCGUCACAGGGCUGACCUAUGGAAACUCUUGCGUGAAUCCCUUCUUCUACACGCUAUUGACAGGAAAACAGAAACGCAGCCGCCAGACGCCGACAUCCGUGAACCAGCUCUGCCGCAAAAGCAGCCCGCUGCAGUAGAAGCGCCUGUACGAGCAAAGACAAUGUGACACCGACGGGGCUGUGUGCACGUAAGACUGUGUGCACGUACGCGUGAAGACGUCUUGCACAUAAAUGCUUCGAGUUCCACAACUAGCACCGAAACCCCACAAUCGUACAAACUAAGAAGAAUAACACUAAGCAAGUAUAGCACUUUGGGUCAAUGCUUUGUAAAAUGGCAAUAUUUACAGAGCUGAUAAACCGUUGAGGUUUUACCAGCAAAAAAAGAAAAAGGCAUUUUGUGUGUCCCCCAUAAUUAUAGUUAUAUCUGCAAAGCUGUUCCCAAAGGUUUAAGUGUGUAAUAUAAAAUAACAAUAAAAUAAUAUGUCUUUAAUUGCUGUAGUAUUAAAGUUUACACAUGGAUAAAUUGGUUUCAAAUGUGUGUUUGACGUUAUAUUAUGGGAAUGAAACAAUGACACUGCUACAUAAGUGGUACCACGAGUAAAUAUUAAUCAUGUGUUUUACUAUCAUUUAAGUCAAAUCAAAAGACUUUUAAGUUAUAUCUUGUAAAGUGAAUGUGUAACAUUAGGAUGCAUGAACAAGUAUUUCCAGUAAAAUCUGAUGCACUUCUGCUUGUUUUUAAAGAACUAACAAAGAAAAUGCUUGUUUUUGAACAACUAUUUGUAGCUGGAAGAUUUUCUUUACAUUGUUUGUUGACAGGUUGAACUAUGUUUGAGUGGAUCUUUUGUUUGCUUCCCCUGAACCCAGACCUGUUCAAAACAAGUUUUUAAAAGCCAUAACCUGCAUGUUGGUUUGAAAAUGUACUUCUUGUUGCCUUGAAUAAAGAGUAUACUUUCUGUAAGUCACUGUGUUACUGGAUCUUGAAGUAGACAAAACACCCUAUCACUAUAACAGAUGUAAAACUGAAAGAGAGCCAGUGUGAAAAGCAGAUGGUGUGCUGUUAAUCUAAAACUGCUUAGUGAAGCAUCUUCUCUGAGUUGCAUUAAUUCUUCUGCAUCUUUCUCAGCAUACGGCCACAUAUAACUAUAAGUCCUCUCUGUUCCUGUGUCUAUGGUUGUUUCUGUGUCUCCCUGUAGCAACGGCCGGACUCUGUCUGACUCACUCAAAGGCUGCACUGUCCUGUAUCACAAACCCUGCCGCUCCUUGGCAGAUGGACAAAUAUUGUUGUUUGACAGAAAAGUGAGGAUGGGGAGGAGAAGAUGAGACAAAAGUGGUAGUAUGGUAUCGCAGGAUAAGGUGCACUGGCCAGCAAUAAUAAAUUAUUACAAAAGGACUGAAACAUUUGCUAAAAUAAAAUAUUUAUAAAAAAAUGUCGGCAAUAUACUGAUUCACAUUUGACAGUUUCCCAGGUUUCUAGGAAAUGAUGACACUAAGCACGGAGAGUUGAGAAUGAAGUGGCACUGAUCUGUUUAGAGCAUCCAGGUCCAUUUAUUACUAUGAUUUGUAAUCAUCAGGAUUUGGAUGACAUUCAAUAACCUCCAUAAACACAUGCUCACGACAACAAUCAGUUAUUUGUGCGGAUUCAUUUUGUGUUAUUUGAAGAAAGCAAAGUCAAAGUAGCUUUUUGUGCACAAGUUAGAGCAUGUAAAC